AUGUUUGCUAUUUCUUAUUCGAUUUCAUUUUUACUGUGUGGUAUUAAUUGUUUUCUGUUCCGCUGCUGUGGUAUUGCUGAACUGUUGCUGCUUCGCCUGUCCUCUGCAGUGCUUGCCGGGCUUGCUUUUAUGUUUUCAUCUAGCAUUCUGCUACAGAUCCUGGCCUGUGCAAUAUAUAACAACUGGUGGCCAAUGUUGUCAGCUCUCAUGUAUGUUCUGGUGCCGAUGCCUUGUAUGUUCUUUGGCGGUGGGUCCACUCAAUUCUUAAUCAGUCGGGAUGGUGGUGGCUGGAUAGACGCGGCUAAGUUCUUAACAGGGGCAUCGGUUGUGGGGAGUAUAGCGAUUCCCAUCAUACUCAGGCAUGCAGAUUUGAUUGGGACUCAAGCCAUGUUUAUUGAAUUUACUUCCUUCAUCAUAUUCGUCUUCACUGUUUUGUGUUUUCAUCGCGCUAGCCUCGAAGAUGAGUGGUAG